CCACUCUCGUCCGUGGCGCGUGUGAGAUCCUCAAUCAGACGGCUCACAAUCGCCGGUCCGUCACCACCACUUUGCUAACGUGCGCCAUUCUUCUUCUUCUUCUUCAUCAUCAAUCUUCCUUUCUCUCAAAUCCCAUUUUUACUGUCAGAUCCCUAAUUUUGCCCUAAUUUUGAACUCCAUUAUUGCGAAGCUCCCACUGGGCUCUCUCUAUAACAUGCGCAAUCUUCUGGUUCCGACCACCGCCAUGCCUCCGUCCUCAAUUCUCACUUCAUCGUCGUCAAUUUCCAAAUCCAAAACUUCAACAAACCCUAGCCCUAGCAAUUCUUUUCUCUGUAAACACUCACCAUCGGCAACCCUCGACCUUCUUAUCCUCAUUCUCGUUCUAUUUUCUGGUACCUUUCUUGUAACGUCAUAUUUCUCUUACAUUUUCAACUCUUUGUCGAUUCUCUUGUCGCAUUCCGCCCCGCAGCUUCCUCAAUUUCCGUUUCCGUUUAUUGCUGCGUUUUUGUUGUUCUUUUGUGUGACUAUUGGUGUGUUUGAGAUUUGUUGUGGCGCUAGAUCGAGGAAAUGUGCUAAGCCGGGAUGUAAAGGGUUGAAAAAAGCUAUGGAGUUUGAUCUGCAAUUGCAAACGGAGGAGUGUGUGAAGAGUGGGUCGAAGGAGAUUGAUAAAUUGCCGUGGAAGGGAGGUAGUGAGGCCAACCCGGAUUAUGAGUGCUUGAGGUCUGAGCUGAGGAAGAUGGCACCACCUAAUGGCCGAGCUGUUCUGCUCUUCCGGGCACGCUGUGGCUGCCCCAUCGCGAAGCUUGAAGGCUGGGGGACUAAGCGCGGGCGGCGGCAUAAGAAUGGGAAGCUAUGCAAGCAAGUUUCAGGGGCUCGGUUAACAUACCCCAAGUAAUUGGUUUCUGGGCUCUGGCUACACUGGGUCUUGAUGGGGGAGGAGACCAUCACUGAUUGUAGAUGGUGACUUCGUUGUCGAGCAGACCUUCCAGAUAACUUACCAUCUCUUCCCAUCAUUUUACUUUAAUUUUAGAUGCUCUUUCUGAAACAUAUGGAUGAUUAGAGCUUUCUUCUAUAAGAAAAUACUACACAGUGAUAUUCAUUGUCAGAAACAGGCUUCCCCCAUCCCUGCAUUAUCCUGGGAGAUUCUUCCUCCUCCAUGGAAAUGGAAAUGGAAAAAUAUAUACCAAACUGCAAAUAAAAUGAUAGACAAUGAUAAUUAUGUCUCCUGGUC